AUGCAGUUCACUAUCUCCGCCGUCUUGGCCCUCGCCGCCACUGUCGCUGCUCUUCCUCCCGUCGGACCAUCCUCCGCUGGUGGUGAGGGCAACGCCAACGGCGUCGCCAACAAGGGGAACACCAACGUCCGCUUCCCUGUCCCUGAUGACAUGACUGUCAAGCAGGCUCAGGCCAAGUGUGGUGACCAGGCCCAGCUCUCUUGCUGCAACAAGGCCACCUACGCCGGUGACACCACCGAUGUCAACUCUGGCAUGCUCGGCGGCACCCUCAGCAACCUCAUCGGCUCCGGCUCCGGUGCUGACGGUCUCGGUCUCUUCGACCAGUGCUCCAAGCUCGACCUCCAGAUCCCUAUCAUUAUUGCCAUCCCCAUCCAGGAUCUCAUCAACCAGAAGUGCAAGCAGAACAUUGCCUGUUGCCAGAACUCCCCCUCCAGCGCCAACUCCGACCUCGUCGGCCUCGGCCUGCCCUGCAUUGCCCUUGGAUCCAUCCUCUAA